AUGGAGGCUAGAUGGAUCGUCGUUGUUUUACUGUUGUCUACAGAAGUAUUUGCUCAAAUUCCAAACCCGUCAAUCUUCCAAUCUAGCCAACCACUGCAAACAUUUCAAGCUCAAGGAACGCCUUUCCAAGGGGCCCAAGCUUCUCCAAAUCAAAUUUCGUACACGCCGUUUCAAACCGUUCCAUUUCCGCCUUCUGCCAGUAAUGCACAGCAACCGGUACCGGCCGGGCAACUUCGAAUGACAUUAGGAAGCCAGUUGCAACCUAUGCAACAGCUGGCUGGAAAUAAUCUCCAACAAAAUGCGCCGCAACAAGUUCAGAUUCAAGGCACGACGUUUCAAGCUGCCCCGGGUACAUCUUUGCAACCUUUCCAAUCAGGACAAGCCGCUCAACAACAGGUUUCUUCGCUGCAAGCAACAAACAGUAAUUCUGAUAUCGAUGUACAGAAAACAAUUCAGAGCACUGUGCAACAAGCCCAGCAAAUUACACAAAACUCGGCGACUCAAAAUUCGGGAACAGAUUCGAAUGUGGUGUCUAGAGACACGAAGCUGAACGGGAGCAUCAUCAGAUUUAACGGGAAAGUUUUCAUCGCAGAAAAUAAUGGACAGAUGAUAGAGGCCCCCACACUGGGACAUUUAGUCGGACAGCAAAUUGUCAAUGGCCAAAUCAUUACACAAGAUGAUUCAAGUAUGAUUGCGGCCCAGCAAAAUAACAUUGCAGCCACCAAUUCGUUAAUACCCAGAAUGUCAUUCAUAAACGGGCAAAAUCCCAUAAAUAAUGUGAUGGCUCCCAAUCAAGGGUUUUUCUCUCCUGGGCAAGCACCAAUCCAACAACCGUUUCCAUUUCCGGGACAAAUGCGACCUAACCCGAUGCAAAACGCUGUAUUUCAAAAUAGACAAUUCAUGUUACAAAAUGGCCGAGUGCCCAUGCCACAAAAUAUGAUAGGACAAUUUUCCAUGCAGCGUCCGCCGCUGCCAUUUCAGCAGCGACGACUGAUGAGAAGACCGCCUCUUAUGAGACCUCCGAUGUUCCCAGGGCAACGGGGUGGAUUCCGACAGGGACCUCCAGGGAGACAAUUUGGUAAAUUCUAA